AUGGCAGAAACUUCGAAAGCUCGCGUCACUAUCACUCUUGGCCGCAGUGGUCAGGUGGUAAAGAGAGCGGCAACUGUAUCAGAUGAUCAUUCUAAUUCUCUGCAAGGUGCUGGGAGUAAGCGGUCUGUUAUGGAUAGAUUAGGAAGUAAUUCAGACAUUUCGUCAAUCCAUGGAAACCGAGUUAGCAACAAACGGCAAAGAGGGGACAGCAGUUUGACAAGUUUAGGUGCUAAUGGUGUGGAAGAUGCCCGCAUUGGUAAAGAUGACCUUCGAUACAAACUCUUGCAAAAAAAUGUAUUUAGAAGAGCGCAAAGUGAUGAUGACCAGAAAACCAUGGACCUCCGUGAAAAGCUUUCUAGAACAAUUCGGCCUCCUGGCCCUCCACUAAGUAGUAAUCUUGACGCACAGCAGCGCAUGCCUGAGCCAAAGAACACUAGCAUCUUAGGGAGAAUUCCUCCAAUAAGAAGCGCAGAUGAUUUACAUCACAUGGACUCUAGAAAUUCUUAUUCUCCUUGGACUUUGGAUCAUAUAAGACGAAGAUCUCCAGAUGGAGUUAUAAGUUCUUCUAGAGGUUUAUCGCCACCCAGGAACAUGGAUAAUCUACAGCGAAGGCCUUUGAACAGGACAUAUGAUGAUGUAAGAACAGUUCCAUAUAUGAAUAAAGAUGUUCUUGAUACUCCAAGGUCUGUCAGUAGUUCCACAACUUUCAUGACAAAACCUUCCAUGCCACCGCCAAUAGUGCCUGCAAAGUCUGUUGCACCACAUAUAGGCCAACUUCCUCCACCAAGUGGCAUUGUGCAGAAGAGUUCAUAUGCGGCUGAAGAACCACAAACUGUUGAAGGCUUGCUACAUUCAUUGGGAUUAGGGAAAUAUGCCAUUAUUUUCAAGGCUGAGGAAGUAGAUAUGACUGCACUGAAGCAGAUGGGGGAAAGUGACCUGAAAGAGCUGGGAAUACCUAUGGAGAUUCCAUGCUUGGGCGGAUUUUUCCUGGUUGAUGAUUUGACUAGGGAUUGGGUCAGGGCUGGCAUGAGCAUCGAGGCUGCCCUCUAUGGUGUUCUCAAUAUCAACUGA